AUGUCGGGAGGACCUUCUGCGAGUGGGGCAGUUGCGCCUCUGUUGUGCCGCGUGCCAUUUUCGUCCAAGGUGAAGUUUCUCUGCCUGCACCUAUUCUGUUCUCUUGUCGUGGACCCCGUGCUGCGGCUGACGCGCUUCUUUAGCCGUGUAUGGCUUGGGAGGGAUACCACAACGGCUGUGUAUGGCUCCCCUCAAGCGAAGGCAUUUUUUAGCCUAGGGAGGGUCGACAAGGUGUCGUACUCGGAUCCGCCGUACAGUGGGCACGUUAGUACCAUUCUGUGUGCUUUGCGUCCCCACCGAAACAUUGCGUAUGAGCGUAUGACCCACCCCGGCGCCGACGGCAAUCCAAUUUACUUGGACUGGCUGCACACCGAUGCGCGCAGCGCCAAAGGAGUGUUUCUCAUCAUCCCUGGGCUCGCUUCAUCGUCGAACACCAACUACAUCGAGCACUUUGUGUGGUUCGCGUCCGUCAACCACUUUCACUGCGGCGUCUUCAACUCACGCGGCAUGGGUAACUCACCCAUUGAGACACCACGGCUCAUGUCCGCCGCAUGGACAGAUGACUUGCGCACCGCACUGCUCGACGGGCCUUUCUCGCGUGCCGCCAUCGAGAAAAGGUGCGGCGCUGGGAUCUCUAUUAUCGCUGUCGGUUUCAGCCUUGGUGGCGUGAUUCUCUCCAAGUACGUUGGCGAGGAGUGCCUUGCGGGCCGUGAGGUGGUCGUGGAUGCGGCGAUGGUGGUGAAUGCACCUCUCAACUGUCUCCACUCCCACAGAGUCAUGAGUCGUAGCAUCAGCAAAACCCUUUAUCAGCCGAGGAUGGCAGGUGGCCUUGUGGCGUAUGCUCGGCGGCACUCCAAGGUACUGAAGGAUCUCCCGGGGCUUUCUCCGGAUGUGCGCGCCGCCUUUACUUUAGGACGUCUGGAAGAGGUCAUGGCGCAUGUGAAGACUGUGCACGACUUUGACCGUUUGAUCACUGCACCGACGCUGGGGUUUGCUACACCAGAAGAUUACUAUCACCACGUCUCUCCGGUUGAGUGGCUACCACACUUUUCGGUACCCGUCCUGUGCAUCGGCGCUGCCGAUGACCCGGUGACGGGAGAGCUACCUAUGACGAAUCUGGCAAGCAUCAUGUCAUGCAACCCUAAUGUGGCGCUUCUCGUCAUGCCGUACGGGGGCCACCUCGGUUACAUUCGCAGCGUAUGGGACGAGUGGGCGGGGAAGGAGACCGCGAUGGAGAAAAUUAUCUACGAGGUGGCGGCCGCCAUUGUGCCGAGGCGUUAG